AUGUCGGUGCCGAAGCAGGGACCUUUUAUUCUGGUGGCGCGCUUUGUCGGAAAGGGCGAAUCGGAGACUGAUGAGCUCGAGCGACUACUUCUUAACACGACGAAGCGGGCCAACUCGGAUGCCGAGCCGGGCACCAAGACCUACCGUCUAUCUCGUAACGCGAAUGACAAGUGCAAGCUGAUCGUGUUCGAGGAGUACGACAACGAGGCUGCUUUGCAGGCACACCAAGCUGCCGAUGCUUACCAGGCAGUGGAAAAGCGUGUGUCAGAACUGGCCUCAAGCUUUGACAUUGACUUCCUACAUGAGCUGCACCCUUAA